CACUCGCAACGCGCUACACUACAAAGCAACGAUAAGGAUUGCAAUAGUUCUCCAUAUACAGAUCCGAACAAUGUCGUCCACCUGGCCGCCUGCGUCAGGCCUGACCACGAAAGUCGUACCUCGCAAAGAGGCCGUAUUUCAGGUAUACUCGUCCAGGACAAUCGCCGCGCCCGCAUCACAAGUCCUCGAAACAGUGCUGCACAUCGAAAACUACAAAGCAUGGAACACAUGGAUCCCAAGCGGCCGAAUCAUAAAGCAAGACACAGCCAACGGCGAAGAAGAAGCCAACAACCUCACCCACCUCCACAAAAACACCGCCUUCAUCUUCAACGUAAUCAUGGACUCCAACAAACCCACGAAAUUCACAGAAACCAAUCUCAUCGUCACCGACAGAUCAACACCCUCACAGCCAUCAGACUAUUUAGAUCCUGAAAUGCUUCAAGACCCCAGUUUCGAGGCCGAUAUCAAUAAAGUCUAUCGCGUCUCAUGGGCAACGCAUGGCGGUUGGAUGACGAAAGGUCUCAGAAGCGAGCGCUUUCACGAAAUUAUCCCGAAAGCGGGAAAAGAGAAUGAAGAAUGUGAGGUUCGUACGUGGGAGAUUAUGGGAGGUGUUUUGGCGUAUACUGUUAAGUGGUUGUUUCAAGGUACGCUGCAGGAGAAGUUUGAGUUGUGGACGAGGGAUUUGAAGGGUUGGUGUGAGAAGCAGGCGGCAGAGGAACAAAAGGCUUGAACUCUUUUGACUUGGCAUUUUGAUACUGAUUGAUGAAACUUGAUGUGAGUUGGGUUGGGUUUGGGUUGGAAAUUUGGAGUACCGGUAUCCUGGUUGUGUAUAGCGUGGCUGUGGCACGCCUUCGUCAUUGCAACUUUUUUCGGAAGUCUACUUUGAAGCACAGGCGCUGCAUCGAAAAGCUCGAUGAAAGGACCCUUGGAGGGUUUAGUUGAAGUUCGGGUGCAACGAUGGCAUGCAGUACCUCGUGUAGUGGAGCAGAUCUUCUAGCGUUGGACUGAAGCUAAGGGAAAUCAGACCUGCCCUUGUCUUUAGUGCAUAUCGAGAAGACAUCGAUGAUUUCAAGGAAGUGG